AUGAGCAACGUCUUCAUCUUCAUCACAGGGCACAGCGGCGACGAGUUCAUCAAGUUCCAGGACUGGGAGGAGAUCACCUCUACCGACAUCGCCGACGCGUUCGCACAGAUGCACAAACAGCGGAGGUACAAGAAGGUCUUCUGGGUCAGCGACACCUGCCAGGCGUCCACUCUCCAGAACCAGUUCUACUCCCCGGAGAUCGUUGCCAUUGGCAGCAGCGCCAAGAACCAGAACAGCUACAGCCACCACAUGGAUCCGCAGCUCGGCGUCGCGGUCAUCGACCGUUUCACGUACUAUUCGCUGGAUUUCAUGAACAAGCUGACCUUGUCCUCAAAGUCAACUCUGAAGACCUUCAUGGACAUAUUCGACCCGAAGCUCCUGUACGCAGAUCCCCAGAUGCGAACGGACCUGUUCUCGGAUGACAUCUCCAACACCUUGCUCACCGAGUUCUUCGCAUCCACGGGAAGGAUGCGGUUCCAGAACACGUCGCUGCAGCUGGCCAGGGCGUCCGCUGCGACGGAAGGUGCGUGCGCGAUGCCGCCGUCCGCUGCGCACGGGCGCGCGAAUGUCGUCGGCACGGGCUUGCAGGCGGAGCGGAUGCAGGAGGGCACUGUCCCCGACCUGCUCUUCUCAAAGCUGGCCCUGCUGAGAGAGCUCGGCGGCGGCGGCGCUCUGCCAGCGAGCUUCGAGGCCGUCUCUGCGCCGCCGCCGGGUGGCGGCCCUGCCGCCGCCAUGUCGGCAAUUGCCGCUGGGUGCGCGCUGGCAUUCGGAGCGCUGGCGUGGCUCGCGGGCGCGGUGCUGUGA